UGGUGUUGUGUUCUUGAGAGAAAAAUUAAAGUAUUAUGAUGAUGAUGUCCAUUCGCCUACCCUUUGAAAAGAAGAAAUUGAUGGUGCCAAAAGGGUACUUUGCAGUGUAUGUAGGAGAGGUUGAAAAGAAGAGAUUUGUGAUACCACUUUCAUUCUUGAAUCAGCCUUCGUUUCAACAACUGCUGAGUAUGGCCGAAGAAGAAUUUGGCUUCACACAUCCAAUGGGUGGCCUCACAAUUCCUUGCACACAAGACACUUUCAUUCAUCUCACUUCUCUCUUGCAUGCACAAACACAAUGAUCACAACUCUCAACUAUAUCUAUUUUUUUAUUCUUUUGACACUGCCUUCCUUACUUAAUGUAUAUUCACAUAUUUCUUUGUAACUUCAACUAUAUAUUAUUGUUACGUUGUAUCAACUCAUGUAACGUUCAAUCAAAUUGCGCCACGGCCCAAUUUAAAUUUCUUGUUUAAAUUGCUCUUGCAAUCGUAGCAAGAUACAAAUUUUCUAGUUACAAUCUUUUUCAUAUA